GGUAAAGUCUCGUUUUAUCAAAGCCCGACGUGUAAGACCUUGAUAAAGCGAAACUAAAUGUGACGCAACACUUGUUAAAACAAAGUAACAGGAUGGCAUUAUCCAAGUCAAUUGCGCAAAAUACUGCUCCAGAAUUACCAUUGAUUGCCCAGCACUAUUUACCCUGUGACACUGAAAACUGUAAGAAGAACUGUCAGUUUUACUGCAAUGAUUGUCACCGAUCAUUGUGUGAACAAUGCAGAGAUGAACAUCAGAAGGGUCCAGACACCAAGCAUCAUAAAGUGGUCCCUUACAGACAACGCAAAAUACAACUUCCUGUGGAGAAAUGUAAGGAUCAUCCAAAUAAAGACACAGACAUGCUCUGUGAGUACUGUCAAGUUCCAGUUUGUUCCAAAUGUGCUACACAAGACCACCAAAAUCACACACUGAAAGAUUUAGAGACAAUAUAUUCUGAGAAAUUCACUCUUUGUCUUGAAAAAAUUCAUAAAAUCCAUCAAUUUUAUAUUCCAAAUUCAAAAGAUAUGCUGAAAGAUAUAAAAAAAAAUGCGACAGAUAUAAAAGAAAUCAUGGAAAACAUAAGAAGCUCAGUAAAGAAUGAAACCGAGUCUUUAAAAUGUUUGAUGGAAACAGUCAUGACUGAAAAAAUAGAGCAAGUCAACAAAAUGGAAGAGUCACUAAUGGAGCAACUUCAGAGUCAAGACAACACAUACAAAGAUUACAUCUCCUAUCUUGAGGACCUGGCUAAAGUAUUCCAUGGCUACCUGUCCUCUACUAAAGUCCAAAACAAUCCUAUCAUUCUCUCUCUAUCUGACCGUCUGAAAAUCAAACCCAUACCAGAGACCACCAAACCGGUCCCUCCAGAGUUUACUGCUGGUCAAUACAGCAAGGAGGAUGUCACCAAACUACUUGGUAAAGUAACUGUUCCAGAUAUAAAACCAGAGAACAGAGAAAUUAAACCCAUGGAGACUGCUUCUACACAGUACCAUACGCACGGUUUUUCAGUAUGCUUAUUUGGUUUUUUGUUGCUAUUCGUUUCUUAUAUGCAUGAUUUUAGCGUUGUCGAACAUAUAGGGAAACAGAUUAAACAAAGCAGUGAUAAAUCUGACGUGAAACCAACAUUGUCCAUGUCUUCGUCUGUCACCAAGGUCAGGGAGUACACAGUGCCAGGUGUUGACAGUGUAUAUCACAUAUCAAUAGGUAAAUGGGGUACAGUCUGGGGCAGUGAUAUUAAAGGUAAUCUUGUUCAAACAGAUCUACAGGAGGGGAAACAACUACAUAUGAUACAAACCAGCUUUGCAAAUGGCUACCACACUGUCACAGAGGACGGGGAUCUGAUCUAUACAGAUAGAAAUCACAAAGUCAUCAAUAGGAUAGCAUUGGAUAAAACAGUCACUGAGUUCAUUAAAACAGGAGACUGGGAACCAAUCAGCAUACACUCCUCCCGCAUCAACGGGGACAUACUGGUCGGGAUGAUAACGAAUAGAGAGGCUAAAUUCCACUUUAUUGGGGACAUACUGGUGGGGAUGAGAAAAAAUGGAGAUGGUAAAGUCACCAGGUACACCACGUCAGGUAAAGAAAUACAGAACAUACAGAGGGACAACAAAGGACAGGGGCUGUAUAGUUAUCCAUAUUACAUCACAGAAAACAUCAAUGGUGAUAUCUGUACGUCAGACUUUUACAAACAAGCCGUAGUGGUGGUGAAUAAAUCAGGACAACACAGGUUCUCCUACACAGGUCAGGGGUCAGAGUUCCGUCCCUUUGGUAUUUGUACUGAUCUCCUCGGUCACAUCCUGGUGUCUGAUGUUAUCAGUGACACAGUUCAUCUCCUGAAUCAGGACGGUCAGUUCUUGUCUGUACUACUAACACUUCAACAAUUAAUAAACCGUCCCGUUAGUGUGUGUGUGGAUGAUGAGAACAAUCUCCACGUGGGACAAGAUAGCACCAACACAGUGACAGUGCACAAGUACCUACCGUGAUCAUUUCUAUGUAAAACUUGCUCUUUAUACUAGUCUGUCUCAAGAUGCAGCACAUUUGGAUGAUUUUUAAUGAAAUUACCACAGGCACCUGAAUUUUUAUCAAUCAGUCGCUUAAUAAGUCAAAUAUCGAAAAAAAAAACUCCACCCCUACUAUACUUGUGUAUUUAUAUAUAGAAGGGGUUGAUAAAAAUUCAGGUGCCUGUGAAAGUACACAUACCAAUGAAUUCUUAGAUAUUGUGAAAUUAUUGAAAAAGCCAAUCUUAUCAAAAUACAUUUUUUUACAAUAGAAGUUACUAGUAAUUGAAUUUUUUUUUCCUAUGAGAUAAUAUAAUUUACUACAGGAAUUAAAUUUGAUAAGUGAUU